CCGGAAGUUUUCCGCUGGCAGACCGGGAAGUAGCCGAAGACAGGGCGAUGGCAAUUCUGGAGGCCUCGCUCCCGGGCAGACCGGAGGCCACAGUCCCCCCGCGGUAGACUGGAUCUGGGUGGCGGGCUCCGGGGUCCCGAGGUGAAGAGCGUCAGGGGCUGAACUGAGACUUUAGAAGGGAGCCUUGGAAUCCUCACGCCUCCUAUUGGAGACCCUUCCCUGACGCUGGGCUCUAAACUGUCUUUGCCCAGGCUGCCCCGGAAGCAGGGAUGGAAGGGUCUAAGAGUUCCAACAGCACCAUGCAGGUGAGCUUCGUGUGCCAGCGUUGCAGCCAGCCCCUGAAACUGGACACGAGCUUCAAAAUCCUGGACCGGGUCACCAUCCAGGAGCUCACAGCUCCGUUACUUACCACAGCCCAGGCGAAACCAGGAGAGACCCAGGAGGAAGAGGCUAACUCAGGAGAGGAGCCAUUUAUUGAAACUCGCCAGGAUGGUGUCUCUCGAAGAUUCAUCCCUCCAGCCAGGAUGAUGUCUACAGAAAGUGCCAACAGCUUCACUUUGAUCGGGGAGGCAUCUGAUGGCGGCACCAUGGAGAACCUCAGCCGAAGACUGAAGGUUACUGGGGACCUUUUUGACAUCAUGUCGGGCCAGACAGAUGUGGAUCAUCCACUGUGUGAGGAAUGCACAGAUACUCUUUUAGACCAGCUGGACACUCAGCUCAACGUCACUGAAAAUGAGUGUCAGAACUACAAACGCUGUUUGGAGAUCUUAGAGCAAAUGAAUGAGGAUGAUAGUGAGCAGCUACAGAUGGAGCUCACAGAGCUGGCUUUAGAGGAGGAGAGGCUGAUCCAGGAGCUGGAAGAUGUGGAAAAGAACCGCAAGAUGGUGGCAGAGAAUCUUGAGAAGGUCCAGGCUGAGGCUGAGAGACUGGAUCAGGAGGAAGCUCAGUACCAGAGGGAAUACAGUGAAUUCAAACGACAACAGCUGGAGCUGGAUGAUGAGCUGAAGAGUGUAGAAAACCAAAUGCGUUAUGCCCAGAUGCAGCUGGACAAGCUGAAGAAAACCAACGUCUUUAAUGCGACCUUCCACAUCUGGCACAGUGGACAAUUUGGCACCAUCAAUAACUUCAGACUGGGUCGCCUGCCCAGUGUUCCUGUGGAAUGGAAUGAGAUUAAUGCUGCUUGGGGCCAGACCGUGUUGCUGCUCCAUGCCCUGGCCAAUAAGAUGGGUCUGAAAUUUCAGAGGUAUCGACUUGUUCCUUACGGAAACCAUUCAUACCUGGAGUCUCUGACAGACAAAUCUAAGGAGCUGCCAUUAUACUGUUCUGGUGGAUUGCGGUUUUUCUGGGACAACAAGUUUGACCAUGCAAUGGUAGCUUUCCUGGACUGUGUGCAGCAGUUCAAAGAAGAGGUUGAGAAAGGCGAGACACGUUUUUGUCUUCCUUACAGGAUGGAUGUGGAGAAAGGCAAAAUAGAAGAUACAGGAGGCAGCGGCGGCUCCUAUUCUAUCAAAACCCAGUUUAACUCUGAGGAACAGUGGACAAAAGCUCUCAAGUUCAUGUUGACAAAUCUUAAAUGGGGUCUUGCUUGGGUAUCUUCACAAUUUUAUAACAAAUGACUUUCUUUUUUUCUUAGGGGGAUGUUUGCCUUAAAGGCUUUAAAGUUUGUUUUGUUUGCAAAACUGUUUUAAAUUAAAUUUGGGUAAUAUUAAACAACACAUGUUUACAAUACCAAAAAAAGAAAAAAUCCACAAAAGCCACUUUAUUUUAAAAUAUUGUAUGACAGUUUCCAGAGCUACAACAUGCCAUGUAUAGCUGCCACCCCUUGUCUUAGUUUUGACUCUUAACCCCUUGUCUUCCUUUCCCUUUAUCCCCUGAAAACAACUAAUUUAAGUUUGCUUUUUUUUUAAAAAACUGAGUUGAAUUGAGAUCCAUGUGUUUUCACUGGAUUUUAUCUCUCUCAACUUCCUGCACUUACAAUAUGAAAUAGAAACUUUUGUCUCCACUGAGACUAUGAUAUGUUUGAGUCGCACAGUUGGAUAACGUGGGAAAAUGACAUCUAAGCUUUGCCUGGUCACCAUGUGAUGUGAUCAGAAGCUUGAAAUUUAACACUUCUCCUCACUUGGUUCUAGUACUGGAUGCCUACUUUGCUCUGUGUUAGAGAUAUGAAAUGGUGUUUGAUGUUGUUUGAGACAUUAUGGAGAGAUUUAAUUAUUUGUAAUAAAAGAUUUGCUACAGUCUGCUAACUGCC